UCUCAUCUUUAUGUGGAAUAUCUUUGGUCUGUCAUUCGUCGCAUAUUCAAGACAAGACAAAACUUUCGAAUCAACGUUGUUAUUGAAUUUUCGCGCGAAAGAAUCCCAAAAUAACAAUUUUUUAUUAAAAUUAUUAUUUAACUAUCUAAAGAAAUGUUUGAAGUCGAACAAAUUCGAAUCGAUCAUAAAGAUGUUAUACAUGAUAUCGCCUACGAUUAUUAUGGAAUCCGCAUGGCAACAUGUUCCAGUGAUCAAACUGUUAAGGUCUGGGAUCAAGAUAACCAAGGAAAGUGGACAGUAACAGCUAGCUGGAAAGCUCAUUCUGGAUCAAUUUGGCGCAUCUCUUGGGCUCAUCCAGAGUUUGGACAAGUUUUGGCGACAUGUUCAUUCGAUCGAACAGCUUCAGUAUGGGAAGAAGUUGUUGGUGAUAAAGUAACGGCAACUAUGACACCGGUAAAACGUUGGGUGCGGCGCACUACACUCGUCGAUUCAAGGACAAGUGUGACUGAUGUUAAAUUCGCACCAAAAAUUCUUGGUCUUCUGUUGGCAACUGCAUCGGCAGACGGGAUAAUUCGUAUUUAUGAAGCACCAGACAUUAUGAAUUUAUCACAGUGGCCGGUACAACACGAAAUAUCCUGCAAAUUGCCACUAAGUUGUUUAUCAUGGAAUAAGUCGAUGUAUAUGCUGCCUUCUCAGUUAAUUGCUGCGGGUAGUGAUGACGUCAGUUCCUCCGCUGGCAAAGUCUUCAUAUUUGAGUACAGUGAGAACGCUAGAAAAUGUGCAAAAAUUGAAACGAUUAGUACAAUAACAGAUCCAGUACACGACAUGGUUUUUGCGCCAAAUGUUGGACGAAGUUAUCAUGUCUUGGCUGUCGCAAGCAAAUAUUUAUAUAUUUUAAAUUUAAAAUCUAUAUCAGACCCAACAGGAUCGAGCCGCUUAGACAUACAGACUGUUGCACAGUUUAGUGACCACAAUUGUCCGGUUUGGAGGGUCUGUUGGAACAUCACUGGAACCAUGUUAGCAUCGUCUGGUGAUGAUGGUUGCGUUCGCAUUUGGAGAAUGAAUUAUGCAAGAAACUGGAAGUGUGCUGCAGUACUUAAGGCUGAGGGUUGUACACCAUCGAUUGAUACAUUCCUUCAAACAGCUGUAACAUCGAAUACAACAAAUCCUGCAACAACUAAAUAUUAUAAACGAGGAAUCAUUAGCAAUCCAAACCAAGUUCCAUGGCAUUGAUGACAUCCUUUCCUGUUCCUAUUGUUUUUCUUUUAAUAAAAAGGCCUAAAAG